UUAUAUCCUAGAGACAGAGAGAUCCGAUUUAUUUUAAAUACUUUAUUUUAAAGAUUAUUUAAAAGACGUGGCUCAUGUGACCAUGGAGCCCUCAAGUCCAAAGUCUGCAUGGCGGGUGGGUAGGCCGGGGCCCAGGGCGGUUGGGUUGAAGUUGCAGCUUAGGUGCAUGGGGGACCUGGAGGUAGAAUUUUCUAAGAGGAGGGGACCUUGUCUUUUUUCUAAAGGUCGUCAACUGAUUGCACGAGGCCCACUCACGUUAUAGAGAGCAAUGUCCUUUACUCAGAGUUUCCUGGUGUAAAUGUGAAUCUCUCCCCCCAAACACCUUCACAGCCAUAUCUAGGCUGGCAUCUGGCUGGAUAAUCUGGGUACUGUAGCCCAGCUAAGUCAGUAUAUUAGCCAUCAGAAAAGUCUUAAAAAAGUGGGGGAAGUGAAUGGGGACUUAAAAUGUAUGGGUAGAAUAUGUGUAAAUGAAGAAGUUUGGACAUCCCAGUUAUAGGCAAGAAGAUGGGACUCAGCCUGGUGAGGUGGUUGGGUGGCAGGCACCUAGAGGAGGAGAGUUUAUAACGAGGUGGGUGGGUGGCACUCCAUGAACAGGAUCCUGGCGGAGGAGAGUAUUUGAAUUUGAAGGGCUCUCAGAAUUACCUAGCCCAGGGGGUCACACAUUUUCAUUACUGAAGAGCCUUUUUAUUACUUCCUACCCUUGUGAUCUCUCUAAUAAAACAGAUUAGAUGUUUCCUCAAUGUCAGGCCCCAGGCGAGGCCAGUGAGGUACAUGGGGCAGAGUCUCUCAGGGCUGUGGAGGUUCCCCUGAGAGAUGACUCUUCUCCUAAGACCAUGUCCUGGGCACCCACAGCCUCACCCCGUUGCAGACAGCACUGUUAGAUAGUAAUGGCCACCCUCAAAUGAGGAGAGUGAGUGGGACUGCCCGGCAGAAUGUCCCAUCUGGGCAGGGUAAGCAGUGUGAUUAUAGCUGAGUGGAUGGACUUCAGCCAGAAGCACAGAAACUUGACAAUUUAGGAAUCCUGUGCAGUCUUAGAAAUUAACCAUUUUCUUUAAAGUUUUUGAACUCCUGGAGCUAGUCAACAACAUACACAAGCUCCCUGCCGCUGCUUCAUAGCCCAACAACUUGCAUUCUGGAUUAGAAAACAGAUGGAGAUGUCAAGGCCUGCUGCUGCUGGGCCAGGAACAGCACCUACACCUAUUCCUGCUGGGCCAGGAACAGCACCUACCUGAUUCCUACCAGGACCUUGCUCAUGGCUCCUGGCUCAGGCACCCAAGUUGGACAGGGCCUGGGGACUGCAGAGUGUACCAUGCCAGGGAUGAGGAUUUUAUCUUGAAGAUGCCGAGGGAGCACUGAGUGCUUUUUAAGCAAAGUUGCAACUGUUAGAUUUGUGUUUUAGGAUGAUGUAAGCUUGUGUUUCCCUAAACAUAGGGAAAAUAGAUCAGUUUCUCCCUUCCUGUCCUAUUGCAAGGUCACCAGGUCCUGCCAUUUUCCUGGUGGGCUUUGUUCCUUACUUCAGAAGCUGCACUGUGCACAUCCCAGGAGUGUCUGAAUUUGUAAUAGUGUCUUAAUUCCAACUCCUCUGCCCUGCCCAUUGAGUGUUCAGAGUAUGCCUGAUUUUUCUGUGAUUUUUCUGUACCACACAUGGUUCCUUAGUGCGUACAGCUUUGUUCUCAUUGUAGGUCGUACCCUAAGAAGUCCAAUUAUUGGGAAAGGGAGGAAACAUACUUAAGACGAUGCAUUUUUGCAUCUUCGAUUCACUUCAACUUUUGAGUACUUCUAAAAUUUAUUUUUGAGUGUCAGAAAAGUGAUUCAUUUUUAAAAUCAAAAGUUAUUUCUAGGCAUGUGUUAUUGCUAAGGAAAUUAAGCACAUUGAGAAUAUAAUUGUGUAGAACAAAUCCCACUUCUAUAUGUGAUUCUUUGUAUUUCGCUUAACAGUUCUGUGGGUUUUCGUGGCUGUUCACGUUGAUAGUUGUGUUCUGGUCUGAAUUACUGCUGUGGGCCAGAUACGCCAGAGUGACUGCAGGAGCACUGAAUUAGGAAUUAGGAGACCUGGGCUUGAGAGCUGAGAUAUUUACUAGCUGUGACCUUGGGUAAAUCACUUACUACCUCUGGUCUCUUUUCCUCUUUUAUUAAACAAGGAUAAUAGUCCUUGCCUGGCUUUCUGCACAUGGUUUGUUUUGGGAUCAGCGGAAAGAGAGGCGAAGCAGUACAUGCUCUGAUGCACGCCCAUUCUGUAGAUUCUAGCCUUGGGGGUCUUUCACGAUCCAGCACUGUGGCCAGCCUUGAUACUGAUUCUACCAAAAGCUCAGGACAAAGCAACAACAAUUCAGAUACCUGUGCAGAAUUUCGAAUAAAAUAUGUGGGUGCCAUUGAGAAGCUGAAACUGUCUGAGGGAAAAGGUCUGGAAGGGCCACUAGACCUGAUAAAUUACAUAGAUGUUGCCCAGCAAGAUGGAAAGUUGCCUUUUGUUCCUCUGGAAGAAGAAUUUAUUAUGGGAGUUUCCAAGUAUGGCAUAAAAGUAUCAACAUCAGAUCAGUAUGAUGUCUUGCACAGGCAUGCUCUGUAUUUAAUCAUCCGGAUGGUGUGUUACGAUGAUGGUCUGGGGGCAGGAAAAAGCUUAUUGGCUCUGAAGACCACAGAUGCGAGCAAUGAAGAAUACAGCCUGUGGGUUUAUCAGUGCAACAGCCUGGAACAGGCACAAGCAAUUUGCAAAGUUUUAUCUACUGCUUUUGACUCCGUAUUAACAUCAGAGAAAUCUUGAAUUCUGCAAUCAAGUGGAAAUCAACUUCAUCUGAAAGCUCAGCUGUUUUCAAUCCGUAAAGUUGAACUGUUAUGGAAAUAGGUGAGCCCCUGCUCUAGACUUUCUGAAGAAAACACAAUGUAUAAAAUAUUGAACAUUCGUUUUUAUAAUAAAAUGUGUUGUUAUACAGUGAGUUUACUCUCAA